GGCGGUAAUAUAAUUACCUAUAUCUAUAUACACACUCGUAUAAUAUACUUAUACUGCCUAUUUUAUUAUACCUACACGAUUUAACAAUGGAUACCAUGAGCGGCGGUGCGGACGAAAAAACGAAAGAAAAAGAAGACAACGAACGUAGUCGUACAAUGAGACCGAAAUUGAAAUACUCGCUGUCAUACUGCCCGUCCAUGUCUCGGCCGUUGGACUUUAGCGUCAAAGGUCCCGUGCCGAUUUACAUACACAAAAAACAGAAAGUUCUCACCGGUUGUUCAUACAUCGAACUCAAGUUGCAAAAACACUCUAAGGUGGGUGAAAUAACGUUCAGAAACUAUUACACGGCCAGUGUAAGUGUGCUACUGUUAAGAUCGAAUACUCUGCAAGGACCUUCGAUGGGAUCGAGAAACUGGGAGGUGGGCAUCAAGAACCGGACUCUAAUGAAUCAGCCGCACUGCGAAAACGGCGCACAAGACUAUUUCUCGCUAUGUUUCACUGAGGCGUGGAACAACGUUUCAAAGCUUAAAAUCAUACUUAGGCAACCGUCGCCAAUGUGCAAAACGUUCCACUUGGAAGAGAUUAAGUUGUAUGCAGAUGUACCUCGAUUCGGUAGACCGUUUUUCGAACAAAAACUACCGCCUUAUUUGAUUCAUAACACCACGACGGCCAUUUCAUGGAGACCUAGUACAAGAACCUGCAAUGACAUACAAUUUGUACAUAGGCCAGACAUAAAUAACAAGACUCAAUGUCUUGGUUAUGUAGUUGAACAAGUGCCAAACAAUUAUGACAGUUCAAAAAUAACGUAAGUCCAGAACCUUAAAAAAGGUUCACGUCACUUAAUAAAAAACUAUGAAUACAUUAUUUUAACACAAGAAAAACAAUAAUAAAAACUUACUCUUUUCAUUUUAUUGCAAAAGUAUUAUUAUAAUAUAAUAAUAAUGAUUGUACAUUUUAAAUUAUUACAGAAAAAAAUAUAUAAUAUAAACAUAUAUUAUAAUAAGAAUUGCUAUGAUAAAUGACUAAAUUAUUAUAAGUAAAAAGAAUUGUAAAAUAAUAAAUUACGAUCUUAUAUCAUCUUUAAAAUAUAGCUCUAUUUUAGAUACAAGACACAUCAGCAUUUUGUUUAACACCUCAAAAAAAAUUGAAGAGUACUUUCUUAUUAUCUUACCUUUUUUGUAAUAAUUUAAUACUCGAAAAAAAAAUAA